CCUCCCCCAGGGUUGUGGCCACGCGCGGCGGCGGCGGUUGUUCCGCUUCCCCUCCGGUCCGGGCGGUCGCCAUUGCCGAAGGCUCCCUGCCCGCCCCUCCCGGUGCCCUGGGGCUCGGCUGCCGCCUGGCCUGGUCAUAGCUGCCGCUGCGCUCCAGCGCGGCUCUUCUUCCCGUCCCGCUGCCCUUUUCCAUUCCCUCCCCUCCCCGCCCCGCGCCGCGCGCUGGCCCGGGGCGGCUCCGGAGCCCGCCGGGAGCUUGGACCGAGGCGCCUCGCUGGGGCGGGGACCUUUCCUCGCCUGAGGCAUUACCAUAACUCUGAAACAUGUCUGAUAACGGAGAACUGGAAGACAAGCCUCCAGCACCUCCUGUGCGAAUGAGCAGUACCAUUUUUAGCACCGGAGGCAAAGACCCUUUAUCAGCCAAUCACAGUUUGAAACCUUUGCCCUCUGUUCCAGAGGAAAAAAAGCCCAGGCAUAAAAUCAUCUCUAUAUUCUCCAGCACAGAGAAAGGAAGUAAGAAGAAAGAGAAGGAACGGCCAGAAAUUUCUCCUCCAUCUGAUUUUGAGCAUACCAUCCAUGUUGGUUUUGAUGCUGUUACUGGAGAAUUCACUGGCAUGCCAGAACAGUGGGCUCGAUUAUUACAGACCUCCAAUAUCACCAAAUUAGAGCAAAAGAAGAAUCCUCAGGCUGUGUUGGAUGUCUUAAAGUUCUAUGACUCCAACACGGUGAAGCAGAAAUACCUGAGCUUUACACCUCCUGAGAAAGAUGGCUUCCCUUCUGGAACACCAGCACUCAGUACCAAGGGAUCUGAAACAUCAGCAGUAGUAACAGAGGAAGAUGAUGAUGACGAAGAGGCUGCUCCUCCUGUUAUUGCACCACGACCAGAUCAUACAAAAUCAAUUUAUACACGAUCUGUAAUUGACCCUAUUCCUGCACCAGUUGGUGAUUCUAAUGUUGAUAGUGGUGCCAAGUCUUUAGACAAACAGAAAAAGAAGACCAAAAUGACAGAUGAAGAGAUAAUGGAGAAAUUAAGAACUAUUGUCAGCAUAGGUGACCCUAAGAAAAAAUAUACCAGAUAUGAAAAAAUUGGGCAAGGGGCUUCUGGUACAGUUUUCACUGCUACUGAUGUGGCACUGGGACAGGAGGUUGCUAUCAAACAGAUUAAUCUCCAGAAACAGCCAAAGAAGGAAUUGAUUAUUAAUGAAAUUCUGGUGAUGAAAGAAUUAAAGAAUCCCAACAUAGUUAACUUUUUGGACAGUUAUCUGGUGGGAGAUGAAUUGUUUGUAGUAAUGGAGUACCUUGCUGGGGGAUCACUGACUGAUGUUGUAACAGAAACGUGCAUGGAUGAAGCACAGAUUGCUGCUGUAUGCAGAGAAUGUUUACAGGCAUUGGAGUUUUUACAUGCUAAUCAAGUGAUCCACAGAGACAUUAAAAGUGACAACGUGCUUUUGGGAAUGGAAGGAUCAGUUAAACUUACCGACUUUGGUUUCUGUGCCCAGAUCACCCCUGAGCAGAGCAAACGAAGUACCAUGGUUGGAACACCAUACUGGAUGGCUCCAGAGGUGGUUACACGAAAAGCUUAUGGCCCAAAAGUGGACAUAUGGUCUCUGGGUAUCAUGGCUAUUGAGAUGGUGGAAGGAGAGCCUCCAUACCUCAAUGAAAACCCCUUGAGGGCUUUGUACCUGAUAGCAACUAAUGGAACCCCAGAACUACAGAAUCCAGAGAAACUUUCCCCAAUAUUUCGGGAUUUCCUUAAUCGAUGUUUGGAAAUGGACGUGGAGAAACGGGGUUCAGCCAAAGAAUUAUUACAGCAUCCCUUCCUGAAACUGGCCAAACCAUUAUCUAGCUUGACACCACUCAUCAUGGCAGCUAAAGAAGCAAUGAAGAGUAACCGUUAACAUCCUUGUUGUGGCCUCAUGUUCUUUUUUCCAUUUUCUAAAAGAAGUAUUUUAAUAUAUGAAAGUUAUUACUCUUUGUGGGGAGGUUAUAGAGAAAAUGUCUGGAUAACAAGGAAGAAAAAUGCAAACUACUACUUCCUGAAGACAGCCAGGAGAAAAAUGCAAAAUAGAAUGACAGCUUUCUAUUGAAUCCCUUCUUUAGGGUCCAAAAGGAAUUGUGGACUGAAUCACUAGCCUUUUUCAGCAGACAGCUCACUAGGGUCAUUUAUCAUGCUUGAGAUUUACAUUUUAUUUUGCUGACUUCAUUGUAAUAGAUCCCAUUCAUUGUUCCUUUUGGGUAUUUUUAAUACUUGAAUGGCAGAUUCUAGUUUUUCAAAUUAUUUGACUCAUUUGCUAGUCUUCUUUAAGCUCCCUCAUAGGUUUUUUCCCCCUUGACAUGCUACUUUUGAGUUGCUUUGAGAAAUUUUUCUUACUCCUAAAUUCAAGGCAAGUGUGAUGGAAGUUAUGUAGCUCUUUCUAUUGGCCAAUGAGCUUGGUAUGGUUUAACUUUGUUUAGAAGUUAGGACCAGCUGUUGUUACAUGUAAUAUUUAAGUUCAGAACUUGAACUGAAGGAAUGGGGGAAGAAAAGUAUGUGAUUUUUACCUUUUUAAACUAAUGUGAAAGAGUCAGCUUUAGAAAUUUCAUGGUAGUGAGUUUGGCAGUUGUUACAUGUAUAGAGAGAGGACUAAUAAUCUAUAUUUAUAACUAAAUCAUUGAGUCAGAAAAUGAAUUCCCAUUGACUGUAUAUCUUUACAAUUUUAUUUUCCUUUCUGACUAUAUUCUCUUCAGAUUUGGCUUCAGGAACCAAAGUAAUUUGUUCCGGCUUCAACUUGGCCUCUGUGUCUUUGGUUGGUGCCACUCUUUUUUUUCCUCCUUCUUUCCCCACCUCCCUUUUAUUCCUUCAUUUUGAAUAUAAGUUUCUGUAUAUGUUGUAAUUUUAGUUAGUUUGUUUUUUAAUUAACCCUUUCUUACCCUAUUCUCCCCUUCCUUUUUCCUCUAUGGUAAAUAAUAUAACAACCAUUGACUUUUUAGAAUCUACAUAUUUGGGACUAGCAGAGACAAAGUGAGAGACUUGAAUCUUGGUGAGUUCUAAAAUACUUAGAUGAGAUUAUAGUUAUUAAAGAGAUACAUCAGUUAUAUACAGACACAGCUUCUAAUCAGUAAACUGUAGAGGUUUGUUGUAAGUCACAUUGUUCCCAAUCCAUUAUCAACAUGUUACUGUCUAUGAGAACUUAAGAGUAUUUCUUGAUAAAAUUAUUGAUCAUUUGAGAUGUUGAGUUACUUUUUUUUUCAAAUAAAUAAAGUAAAAAAAGUAAUAGAGAAAGGAAGAAAAUAUGUACUUAUUAAUAGCAAUAUAUUUUUUUUUUAAAGAUUCAAAAGGUCUGUGACCAAUAGCAUUAUUAGAGUAUACUCUGUCCCCUUCUUUUCCCCUCUCUCCUUGUUUUGCCAUUGGGGACUGUAUUAUCCCAGCUACUAUGCUAAGAGCCACACACAAGAGACAGAUUUGUGGCUUAAUUUGGACAUUUUCCCACCCUGCCCUCCUAAUUAAUUGCACACCUUACUAUCCUACAAUAGUACAGAUCAUGAAUAAAACUAAUUUUAAUGUUUUGGAGUUGCAUUAGGGACAUAGUUUUAUUUCCUGUCAUUCCCAUCAUAAUCUGUGUUAAAAAUACACAUAUAAGGAUAAGAAAUGGGAUUUUGUUUAAAUUGAUAACGGCAGAUUUUCAGAAGAAAUGAUAAAAAGAUACUUUGUGUGAUUUAUCUAGACUAGCACUUAGUGGUCUCUUCAAUUUGAUUCUUUGAUUUUUCUCUAGAUUAUAUUGAUCUUCAGCAUUACUAAAUUCAUAAUAACAGGCUUGAUUGUUACAGUGCCUCUUGAAUUCCAGAUUUGGACAUCUUUUGUAAAUAAUGUCUGUAUAGAUUCUGAUAAAGAAGAUUCUACCAAUGAAGUAAAAAAGCAACUAGAUGAUAAGACUAAUGAUCAUGCCUACUCUAGAAGGCACUGCCAUACACAAGUUGUAAAGUUCAUACUCAUUGAAUACAGUGCCAAUACUACAUUUUUAUGCCUGUGAACUCAACAAAGGUCUUUUCAGUUUAUAGAAGCAGUUUGGGAUUUGUAUUUACCACUUUGAUGGUUAUCUGUAUGUCCAUUGCUGGCAACGGACUUUGUCAUUAAAACCUGUCUCCCAGGGUAAGGGAGCAACAC